CCCGUAAGCAGCGCGUGUUAUGCGGCGCAGCUGAGCCUAGGGGGCAGUAGUGUGCUGAAGUCGUGCUGUUCAAGAAGAAGACUACUUCCAGGAAGUUCGGCUGUUUUCACGUGGACUGCGAGCUUUUAUUUUUUAGUGCUGAAUGUAGCCUUACUGCUUAAAUCAGCAUGACGGAGGUGUUCAGCAGUAACAGUGAGCUGGUGUUGCAGCGCAGUGUGGACAUAAACCUUAGUGAUUCAGGCAGCAGGCAUGAAGAUAUACGUGAGCUUUAUCAGAUCAGCGAGACCUGUGCUUUUAUUACCAGCAACAAUUACAAAAAGGUAGCUUUGCAGUUUCCUGAUGAACUUCUUGUAGAUUGCGUUGCAGUCUCUGCGGCGUUGGAGAAGGAAACCAAUGCAAAGACGUAUAUUCUAGGUGACACCACCUACGGCAGCUGCUGCGUGGAUGAAGUGGCUGCCGAGCACGUCGGAGCUGACUGCAUCGUGCACUACGGCCGCUCAUGUCUCAGUCCGUCCAGACGUCUGCCCCUUAUGUAUGUCUUUGGGAAGAGACCCAUCAACGUGCAGGAGUGUGCUGCAGCGUUCAGGGAACUUUACCCUGAUCAGGAGAGUCAUGUCAUCAUAUUGUAUGAUGUCACCUACUCGCAUGCUAUAGAUGAUUUGCAGAGGCUUUUGGGUGACACCUACCCCAACGUGGUGUUCUCUGUUCUAAGAGCUGAUCAUUCACAUGGUCAUGCCUGUGAACCUUUCAAAGUGAGAACUAACUCAGACUGUCAGGACGACACGUUUGUUCAUAAAUUCGGCCGUCGGUUUGAUCUUAAACCGGGAAAAACUAUGGAGGAUUACAAGAUGUUCUACAUCGGCCAUGAAGUUACUCUCACCAACUUCAUGAUGACGUGGAACCGCUGCUCCUUCUGCUCGUUCAACCCUGACACGUCAACAGGCCGAGCGGAAUCCAUCAACAUCAACAAAGCUCUGAUGAAGCGAUACUACGCCAUUGAGCGCGCCAAGGAUGCCAGCGUGGUGGGAAUCCUGGUGGGCACACUUGGCGUCGCCAAUUACUUGAACAUCAUCGAGCAGCUUAAAGAAAGCAUUCGUAAGGUUGGCAAGAAGAGCUAUAUGUUUGCCAUGGGCAAGAUCAAUGUACCAAAGUUGGCAAACUUCCUGGAGAUUGACGUGUAUGUGUUAGUCGCUUGUCCAGAGAACUCGUUGCUGGAUUCUGGCGAGUUCUACAGGCCGGUGGUGACACCGUUUGAAAUGGAAACAGCCUGCAACAAGCAUCGCGAGUGGAGCGGAGAAUACAUCACAGAUUUUCAAGACCUCUUGCCUGGAGGAAGCAGUCAUGUGGAUUUUACCGAGUCAGAUCACUCCACUAAUGAUGACACAACAGAUGUGUCGCUGAUUACUGGAGCACUGCGCUCUUCCUGUUUACGAUCCUCCCCUGAGCCAACAGAUGGUUCAUCAUCCUCGUCUUCAGUUGUGGUCAGGAAUCAGACUCUAACCAUGGCCAACACCAAUGCUGCCGCAUCUUUUCUCUCAGGCCGGAGCUGGCAGGGGUUGGAGCGCAAGCUGGGGGAAGCGCCAGUAGUUAAAGCUGUGGAAGGAAAACGCGGUAUCGCUAUUGCUUAUGAGGAGGAGGGUACGGAGAGAAAAGACAGUGCUUGCCCUGACCAUAAAAAUCUAAACUACAGAAAACAGUCUGGAGUCUAGAAGGAAACAAAGAAUCAUCACUGCUGUGCCAAAUUUGAUGUAAAGCCUGUGAGAGAUGUUUUAUGUGCUCACUGGAUGCGAGCGUAAUAUUCCAUGUUUGUGCUUAUGUGACCGUCAGAAUUAAUUUCCACAUAGACAAAAAAGUAAUUUUAAAACCUCUAAAAUAUUCCAGAAAGGACCUGAUUAUAUACAGUAAGCCAGAAGGGAAAAUGCUGGUGAGAAGGUUGUAUUGCUUCUUAAGUGAUGUGGCCGAAUCACAAUCAUUUGUUCGAGAGGAAACAAAUUAAGAACAAAGCGGAAAAACCCCAAACUAAAUCCAUUGUUUGGAGGUUGUAAUUGAAAUGAAUAAAUGAAACAUUACAUUAAAGACAAUGUUAAAAGUU